CUGCCGCCGCGGCAGCGGCUCGCUGAGGCGCUCCCAUGGUGCCGGCGUCCGCCGGGGGCCCCGUGCCCGCCGAGCUGCCGAAACUUAGGAGAACUUUCUGAGCGAGUUGGUGCUGGGAUGGCUGGAAGAGGUUGCAAUUUGCGCUUGAGCUGAGGGAGGCGUGAAUCAUCAUCCACCUCCUGCAGACAUUUGAGAAUUAGAGGUAUGGAUCUUUGGCAUCUGCUCUUUGUUUUGGCACUGGUCUGUACAAAUGACUCACUUUCUGCAAGUGAUGACACUUUGCAGUGGCCACAAAUCAGCAAGUGUAGAUCACCUGAAUUGGAGACGUUUUCCUGUUUUUGGACUGAUGGAGAUUUUUAUAACCACACUGCUCCAGGAACAAUACAACUAUUGUACAUGAAAAGGAAUGAUGAAGACUGGAAAGAAUGCCCUGAUUAUGUCACUGCAGGAGAAAAUAGCUGUUAUUUCAACACGUCCUACACCUCUAUUUGGAUACCCUAUUGUGUUAAGCUUGCCAAUAAAGAUGAAGUGUUUGAUGAAAAAUGUUUCAGCGUUGAUGAAAUAGUACUACCUGAUCCACCUGUCCACCUUAACUGGACUCUGCUAAAUACUAGUCAGACUGGGAUCCAUGGGGAUAUUCAAGUAAGAUGGGAUCCACCACCAACAGCAGAUGUUCAGAAGGGAUGGAUUACUCUGGAGUAUGAAUUGCAGUACAAAGAAGUUAAUGAGACAAAAUGGAAGGAGUUAGAACCCAGGAUCUCAACAAUGGUUCCACUGUACUCUCUGAAGAUGGGAAGAGAUUAUGAGAUACGAGUCCGAUCAAGACAACGCACCUCUGAAAAAUUUGGGGAGUUCAGUGAAAUCCUUUAUGUAUCUUUCUCUCAAAUAGGCAUUGAAUUUCUUCAUUGUGAUGAAGAAAUCGAGUUUCCAUGGUUCUUGGUUGUCACCUUCGGAGCAUGUGGGCUGGCUGUAACAGUGGUCUUAAUCCUGCUGACUAAACAACCCAGGUUAAAAAUGCUGAUUUUUCCACCUGUGCCAGUUCCAAAGAUUAAAGGGAUUGACCCAGAUCUCUUGAAGAAAGGAAGGCUAGAUGAAGUGAACUCCAUUUUAGCCAGCCAUGACAACUACAAGACACAGCUAUACAAUGAUGACUUGUGGGUUGAGUUUAUUGAGUUGGACAUAGAAGACCCUGAUGAAAAGAACAGAGUUUCAGAUACCAACAAGCUGCUGAGUGAAGAUCAUCUGAAAUCACACAGCUGCUUGGGAGUGAAGGAUGAUGAUUCUGGACGUGCCAGUUGUUGCGAACCAGACAGUCCAGAGACAGACUUCAGUGCAAGUGACACAUGUGAUGCCAUCUCUGAUAUUGAUCAGUUCAAAAAGGUAACUGAAAAAGAAGGGGAUCUCUUGUGCCUUGAUAGAAAAGAUAAUGAUGAGCCACUUCCAAGCCUUGCCAACACGAACACCCAACUGCCGCAUACAAGUACUCAGUCCAGAAACAGCCAGCUGUGGCCUUUUGCAGCCAGCCUCGACUCGGCUAGUCCGUCAAUCCGUACGCAGCUAAGUAACCAGAGUUCAUUGACAAAUACUGACUUCUACGCGCAAGUGAGUGAUAUUACUCCAGCAGGCCGUGUCGUACUUUCACCAGGGCAGAAAUCCAAGGUGGGGAGAGCACAGUUUGAAGGCUGCCGAGAACAAAACUUCACCAUGGACAACUCCUACUUCUGUGAGGCAGAUGUGAAAAAAUGUAUUGCUGUGACAUCCCACAGAGAGGAUGAGCCACGUGUUCAGGAUCAAAGCUGUAUGGAGGAUGCUUACUUCACCACAGAGAGCCUUACCACUACCACUAUCAGUCUUGGAGCUCCAACAGCAGAAUCCCCAAGUCCAGAGAUGCCUGUCCCAGACUAUACAUCUAUUCAUAUCGUUCACUCUCCACAAGGCCUUGUGCUGAAUGCAACUGCACUGCCUGUGCCAGACAAAGAAUUCAAUGUGUCUUGUGGCUAUGUGAGCACAGACCAGCUCAACAAAAUCAUGCCAUAGCUCUGUUUCGAUUAGGUGUGUGCAGUAUUUCACAGCAGAGAGUCAGCUCAGGCUUGUAUGGUGAAACCAAAAUGAAGUCUAAAAGUUUCUCGUGGUUCUUAUAAUUUUAUUUGAGAUGUUGCAAUGUAAAAUGUUCAUCAAAAUAUUCCUAUUGUGUUCUGUAAAUAUUAUCUAUGAAUUUGUCUUGAGACUGGUUUACUGGCAGUGACUAUCUAGUUCUCGUGGGUGAUUUUUGUGAUACUAAACACUGAAAUUACUAUGUGUAAUGUGCAGUAAAUCGUGUGCUUUGAUAAAGCUAGAAAUGAGUGGUUUAAAGCUUAGGAAUUUAGUAAAUACCAUGCUGUUGGCAGAGGCCUUCGUAUCGAUAAUUUGGAAGCGAGCGUAUAGGCAAAAAUAAUAGC